AUUCCCCCCAAGGGGCCAGGCCAGGGCACAACACAGGGCCAGGAGGCGAGAGCUCCCGGCCGAAAUUCCCCAACCCCUCCGCGCAGCGUCCGCUUCCGCGUGCGCCUGCCUUCCCUACCCCACCGCGCCACCACCGACCACCGUCUCCGCCGUCUUCCCCCCCUGCGGCGCGGCGGGCCAGCGCCAUGCGCAUCCGCCGCUACGCCGCGCGCCUCCUCUCCUCCUCCUCCACGGGCGGCGCCACCACCGCCGCCCCCUCCUCGCCGCCGCCGCCGCCUGCCGCGUCAUGGCUCCACGCCGCCGCCGACGACUGCUGCGCCUUCUGCGACCUCAACCGCUCCGGCCCGCAGGAGGGUCCGGACGCCAUCAAGCACAAAGGGCACAUUGCCGGCUGGGUGCCGGAAUCCGAUGUCAGGGGCGAUGGGCGCGUCCGCCAAGCUCAACACCUGACUUCUCCGGAAGGUUUGCAAUUUAAGAAAUGCAAGACUGAUCAUGGACGCAAUGUAAAUAAAACUUCUGUGGGGCUGCGAGCACCAAGGGGCUUUUCUGGGGUUAGUGAAGCUGGUGCUGAGCCUGCAGUCAAGCCUGGACCUUUGGUUGUAAAUGAUGCUGCUAUUGGACAGGAAGUUAAAUGUAAAUUUUCUCUUAUGAGUGAUGCCGCCAAGCCAGAGGUUACAGGGGGAGAUUCUCUCGUGAAUGGAUCGACCACUGAAUUAGACGUUUUGAAGGAUGCCCCAUUUGCUAAUGAAGCGGUCCAUGAUCCAGAAGUCACAGAUAAAGUUUCUACUGAGACUAAAGCUGCCACUGUUACAAGCAUUGCACCAGAAGUUGCAGGGAUGCCUUCUCGCAAAGCUGUUACUGAUCCAGGAGUUACAGUCACCAUGCUCAGGACAGGUUCCCUAAGUACUGAAGGUGCCGAUGGACCAGAAGUUACAGGGGCAGCUUCUAUCAUGCAUGAAACCACUAAACUGGAAUCUGCAGGGGAGGAUUAUAUUGCUAGCAAACCUGCUGCAGAACCUGAAGAUUCCAGCAGAGCUUCUUCCAAUGUAGAUGCUACUGCUGCUUUAGAUAAGUCACAGCUGCAUAGUUGUAAUCCAAACAUAGGCAACGUGCAGCUUGGAAAUGCUGGAGAGACUGUUGCAAGUGCAGUGCAACCUUCUGGAUGUGAUGCUGCAAAAGUUGGCAGUUCUGUGAAUUCCACAAGCAAUGGUCCAGUUGGAGCCAAAGGUCCAACUGUUGAGGGAGGAAUGCCAAAUGAUAGAUCUGUUACACCCAGAGUUUCAUAUGUAUUUGACAUAGUGGCUCGAAGCAUCGGUACUUCAGGCAGAACAGAUAUUAUUUGUUAUGCUAGGCGGAGAGGUAAGAGGAAGCUGGAGUUGCUGAAGGUAAAGAUGGAAAAUAUUGAAUUGGAAGACGGUGUUGUAUGCGAGGAAGGGACACUGGAGAGAACUGGUCGCUGUGAGAGUGUCUUGUCCAAUGCUGGAUCCGUAGAUGUUAAACUUGCCGACAUAAAGAAGGAACUUAUGGAUGAUUCAGCUGCAAGCAAGGUUAAAAAGACGAAGAAAAACAGAUUUGAAUGUAAUAUUGAUUAUUGCCAGAUGACAUUCAAGACAAAAACUGAGCUUUCUGUUCACAAGAAGAACAUGUGCACUGUCAAGUCAUGCAGCAGACAGUUCAGAUCCCACAGGUACCUGAGACGCCACCAGAGUGUUCACAAUGAUGAUAUGCCUUACAAGUGCCCAUGGGAUGGUUGUGGUAUGGCUUUCAAGUGGUCAUGGGAUCGGACUGAGCAUUUCAAGGUCCAUGCUGGGGUGAAGCCUUAUAAAUGCACGACUCCUGGGUGCAACAAAAUAUAUAAGUUUGUUUCAGACUUCACCCGGCACAGGAGGAGGUGCAAACCUCAGAGGUAAAAGCUUGCUUGAUACUACAGAAUUAGGAUAGUAGUGAAGUUUGUGCUUGCUACUGUAGAUGUCUUUAUUCAUUUGCUAGGAGAUCUUCGCGCAACUGUUCUGACAACUUACAGUGGGAUUGGUCGUUUCUUUGUUGAGGAAAAUGCUAAAAUCUUUAGCUUAGAAACCUGAGUAUCUCAAACUAUCUGUGUACAUUUGUGGAGGCUAGUUGAUAAUAUUCGCACUGGUUACAACCAGCGCUGUAUCGAAUCUUGAGACCUAGAGCUGUAAAUGAGAAGCUAUUUUUUUAUUUUUUA